AUGAAAGUGAAAGCAAAAAGCAGAGUACCGAAGAGAUGGCCUCUGCAAAAAUGCCUGAUGAUCCAGAUGAGGAUUUCUUUUGCUCUGUUUGUUUGGAUUUGUUUAUAGAGCCUGUAAUUCUGCAAUGUGGACAUAACUUCUGCAAAUCCUGUAUAGAUAAAUUCUGGGAGAAAGAGAAAAAUCUCUUCUGCCCAGUGUGCAGAGAGGAAUUCACAUCCAAGAUAUAUGCUGUAAACAAAGUGUUAUGCAAGCUGGUAGAGAAAGCAUCGAGGUCACAGCCAGGUAAGAAUGCCGGUAAACUACAGAAGGAGCAGAAAGGCCACUGUGCAUUGGGGUCUCGUGAAUGUUUGGAACAUGGAGAAGCACUGAAACUGUUCUGUCAGCAAGAUGGGAGUCCUAUAUGUUAUAUCUGCAUGUUAUCAUCUGAACAUACAGGGCACACCUUCCUACCUGUACAGGAAGCAGUCGGCAUGUUUCAGGAUGAACUGAAAGCUGCAGCAUCUUUUCUACAAUUAAGCAUUAUGGAACUAAAAGAAAGCCAAACCAAAGAAGAACAGAAGAUCUCUGCUAUCCAGGGCAAAGCCCAAAGUUUUGAACAGCACAUUGCAUCAGAGUUUGCUAAAUUGCGACAGUUUCUGCAGGACAAGGAGCACCAGUUGACACAACAGCUCAAAGAGGAAGCAGCAGGGAUUCUGGGAAAAAUGAGGGAAAAUCUACAGAAAAUUGAAGGCACAAAGGAAGAUAUUCAGAAGUUGUUAUUAGAGAUUCAAACAAAACUGCAACAGGAAGAUCCUUUGCUUUUUCUCACAGAUAUUGUAGAUAAAACAGAAAGGGUUAGGAAAAGCCAGAAAAAGGUAAAAGAUAUGGAGAAGAAAGAGGAAGAACUUGAAGAAGAUAAAGAGAAAGAUGCAUCUAAUUCUGCCCUGGCUUCUGAUAACUCCAGCCUUGGUAUAUAUAAAGCUCCCCUGCAGUACAGCAUUUGGAAGGAAAUGCGGUCUUUCAUCAGUCCUGGUCCCUCCCAUCUAGCAACGAGGCAGGCCAUACAUGCUGGUCUGUCUCAGUUGACAUUUGACCCUAACACAGCAUGUGAUCAUCUCAUUCUGUCCGAUGAUCUGACCAGUGUGAAGUAUGAUGAUGUCAAGCAACAGCUUCCUGACAACUCUGAAAGAUUUGAUAUGUAUCCAUGUGUGCUGGUUUCAGGAGGCUUUAUAUCAGGGAAACAUUAUUGGGAGGUAGAGGUAAAGACCAAGCCUGACUGGGAUAUGGGUGUUACCCGAGAGUCCAGUAAAAGGAAAGGGAUAUUUAACAUAAACCCAGGGGAUGGGUACUGGGUUAUAAGCCUGUGGGAUGGAAAUAAGUAUAUAGCUCAGGAUUCACCAUACAAGGCUCUUAACCCAAGUAUGAAACCAGAGAAGAUUGGAGUGUACUUGGACUAUGAAGGAGGACAGGUGUCAUUUUAUAAUGCUGAUAAUAUGUCUCACCUGUACACCUUCAUUGAUACCUUCACUGAGAGAUUGUACCCUUACUUCUACUCUGGUUAUAAUGCAGAGCCCCUCAAGCUGUUUCAUUUGAAACUAUAAUGCAGCCAUGAGAAAGUCAAGGAUUACCAACAUGGAAAUUGUUUCCUUAUCUAAAAGCUUGCAUAAUAUUUCCAGAAUAUGUACAAAAUAAAAAUAUUCAUUAGUGCAGACAUAAGCAUCUCCAGACUACAACAUUAUCAGUAGCAGUAACAAAGGUGAGUGAUGAACUUAUAAUGAAGAGAUAAAUGCUUAACUUUAUAUCUAUCUAUGUGCUGUACUUCAAGAAAAGAAAACUGUUGAUUAAAUAUACAGGAAUUUCAGCUGUAACCUAUAUGAGCAAUAUAUGCAACAUUCACAAAGCAAAUCACCUGUGAAGCUAUUAAAUGUAUAAAAUGAAUUUCCCUUGCAUUUAUAUACAGCUUAUGCAUCGGACCAAAGCAGACUCAUGAUAAAUAAACCCAAAUGGUGUAGGGCAAUGUCACAAUCUAGUUCAGUAGGUGAUCAACCAUAGUUAUAGAACCUCAGAAGUACAAAAGUGUCAAUGUCAAAGGCUCAGCAGAUAUAACACUCAUGUUUAGUGCAGAAGGCUGUGGGAUCUAUUCUCACACCAGGUAGGUUGAUUCCUAACACUGCAGUGCAGCAUAAGGGGGUAUUACACUACUGAGUGUUCCUAAAAUGAGAUGUUAAAUGGAGGCACCAUCUGCUUGAGUUGGUUGUAACUCGGGUGGAUGUAAAAGAUAACAUGGCACCUAUUGAAAAGAGUAGGGAAGUUUGCCAAUGCCCUGGCCAAAUUUCCCACAGUAGUAUAAAUACCACUUUGGUUCUCCCCUGAAAAAAGGAUAUUAGCAUAGUGUAACUAACUCAGUUAACAAACCCAGUCAGCAAAAAGGAUAAAUAAAUGUAAUGCAUAAAAAUGGAUAAGUAGUUAAGACAUAUCAUUUGCAAUCCAAAAUUAGAAAGAAAAUGUUGAUAUCUUCAAUCAAAUUUGCAUCUUGGUCACAACACUGGCGAAUAUUUACCAGGAAUUUUUUGUACAGAGCAUUCCUGACUCCGAAUAACUUGGCUAAAUUUGGUAAAAAUAACAAUAUAUUUUGUUGUAAAUGUAAUUCUGAAUGUAAAGCCAAUUGGUCACAUGUUUUAUAGUUCUAUGUUAAAAAAAUUAGAAUGAUAUAGAUGAUUUUUUGAAAGCUUUAUUUCAUGAUUCGUUGUCAUAAUCAUAAUUGUUGAUUUUAUUUAAUAUUAAUGAUGAUACUGCUUCAAAUCAUGAUAAUCUAUCUUUACUUUGGACUGUAUUGGUCAUUGCAAGGAAAAAUAUAACGGGGAAGUGGAAAUCGUCUGAUGCACCAUCCUUUACUGAAUUCCUAUCUCUCCUAAGAGAAACAGCUAACAAGGAAACCAAAAUUAAAGAAGUGAGAAUUCAUCCCAAGCCUUUUACUAACAUUCCUUGGAAGAAAGUAUUAGCUCUCAUUGGUACUCCUCAGUUGGAGCCUCUCUCUUCAUUAUGAGAAAUAAAAAUCAUCUUUUAUUUGCUUA